CAAAUGAAACUAUGCCACGUCGUCGAUUAGGGUAGAGAUUACGGUGUUCCGUCUGACCACGUCCGUCCUUUAAACUUUUUUCCCCGUUAGUCCACAGCUACAACCAAACAAGCCUACCCAAGAUAUCAGUAUGCUCGAAGAAAAAUAUAUUUUAUGCAAAAUAUUAUAGAAUAUUUUUAUUUAAUUUAAUAAAAGUAAAAAAUGAAAAAGGAGAAAUCUUCCGCUUCUAAAAUUCUCCUUUAGCCGGGGAAAAAAAUAAAUAUCGAAAACCAGGGAAGUAGAGAAAACAGAGGAAGCUAGAUACAAAAGACAAACAAAGAAAUGGAGAAGUCUCAGAUCUGGUUAGCCUUUGGAACCUUAGGCUUGUUAUUGGCAUCAGCUUUGGCCGAAGACGUCAUCGUUCUAACUGAAGAAAACUUCGACAAGGAAGUUGGUCAAGACAGAGGAGCUCUCGUCGAGUUCUAUGCUCCUUGGUGUGGGCACUGUAAGAAGUUAGCUCCCGAGUAUGAGAAGCUUGGCGCAAGUUUUAAGAAUGCUAAAUCGGUCUUGAUUGGAAAGGUGGACUGUGACGAGCAUAAGAGUUUAUGCAGCAAAUAUGGUGUUCAAGGCUACCCAACUAUUAAGUGGUUUCCUAAAGGCUCUUUGGAGCCUAAAAAGUAUGAAGGACCACGCAACGCAGAGUCACUUGCUGAGUUUGUGAACACUGAAGGAGGGACCAAUGUGAAGAUAGCCACUUUGCCAUCCAAUGUUGCAGUGCUAGGUGCUGAUAAUUUUAAUGAACUUGUCCUCGAUGAGACCAAAGAUGUAUUGGUUGAGUUUUAUGCACCCUGGUGUGGUCAUUGCAAAAACCUUGCUCCUACCUAUGAAAAGGUAGCGACAGCAUUUAAAUCAGAAAAAGAUGUAGUGAUAGCUAAUCUAGAUGCUGACAAAUACAAGGAUCUAGCUGAAAAGUAUGGAGUAAGUGGGUAUCCAACAUUGAAAUUUUUUCCAAAAGGCAACAAAGCUGGUGAAGACUACGAUGGCGGCAGGGAUCUAGAUGACUUUGUUACUUUUAUCAAUGAGAAGUGUGGCACCAGUCGUGAUACAAAAGGGCAGUUAACUUCAAAGGCUGGUAUUUUGUCAAGUUUGGAUGCAUUGGUGAAGGAGUUUGUGGCUGCUAGCAAUGAUGAGAAGAAAGCAGUCUUCUCUAAAAUUGAAGAGGAAGUUGAGACGCUUAAGGGUUCCACUGCGAGGUAUGGAAAAAUAUACUUGAAAGCUGCUAAAAGCUGCUUGGAGAAAGGUGCUGAUUAUCCCGAAAAGGAAAUUGAGCGGCUUCACCGUAUUCUUGACAAGUCAAUAAGCCCAGCAAAAGCUGAUGAAUUCACGGUCAAGAAGAAUAUCCUAUCAACAUUUGCAUGAAAUUCUUAGAUCACUGUAUUUCGCUUGUCUAGUGCAGCGGUGGAUUUUCUGACUAGUUUUCGAGUAUUGAUUUUCCUCCCAGUGGGGGAAUAUAGUGUUUCACUCUAAUUUUAAUCUUGAGGGGAUCUUUCAGUAGCAAAGCCCUAGGCCUUGAUUGCAAUUAAGCACAUGCGUGCAGCCGUAGAGUAGUAAACAACUUUCUUUAUGAGAACUAUUACCAGUUAGAGCUGUGAUUUUAUUCGGCAUUUCCUCAAAUGUGUGCCAUUCUUUUCGUAUGAUAGCCUUUCUUUAACCUUUUGAAUUAAA